GCAACUAUUAAUUAGGGCAUGGCUUUUUUUAUCUCAUGUCAGCGCCAAAUCGUCGAACACCUAGCGGUCCUUUCGGUUAUAUGCAAAAACAAUGCCUUCCCACCUCUCCGCCGCCGUUUUCCGCGCUAUAUCCUCUCCCUUUCUCCACCCUAAAAACGAUCCCUCUCAUUUUCUUCACAGAUCCGUGCGCAGAGCGGCCGAUGCUGGUUUCCGACGCAUCGCCCUGCCUACUUCCCCAAUAACCUUCGCCAUGUAUAGGCGUAGAGCUGAACGUAACGGCGCAGUGCGAUCAACGGGAGGAAGCUGGUCGGCCGGGAUCUGUUCUAGUGGCUCGAGCUUCGAGGCGGGCGAGGGAAAAUGGGCGGAUGGAGGAGUAACGGAGGAUGGAAGGAGGGGAGGAAGAGGACAGGAGAUGGAUUCUCGUCUUCAUCAUCGGUGCGGGACCAAUGAAGUGGGUGAGGAUAUGGAUGGGGGAUAUAAUCAGCUGUUGCAGCAGGAACAAAGAAUUUCUUAUUCGAGGUUACUUACGCUGCCAACGGUGCUUACGCUUGGGAGGGUUGCAGCCGUCCCUCUUCUCGUGACCACUUAUCACAUGAGUGGUUCAUGGGCAACAACCACAACUACUGGCAUCUUUCUUGUAGCGGCAUUCACAGACUGGCUAGAUGGUUAUCUUGCUCGUAAGAUGCAACUAGGAACAACAUUUGGUGCCUUUUUGGACCCGGUAGCCGAUAAGCUCAUGGUAGCUGCAACAUUGGUAUUAUUAUGCUCGAAACCUUUGGAAGUGGCUUUCUUUGGAGUGGUUCCAUGGAUUUUGACUGUUCCUGCAAUUGCCAUUAUUGGUAGAGAGAUAACAAUGUCAGCAGUCAGAGAGUGGGCUGCUGCUCAGAACAACGGGGUUCUUGAGGCAGUGGCAGUCAAUAACCUGGGGAAGUGGAAGACAGCGACUCAAAUGACUGCACUAACAAUCCUCCUCCUCUCCAGAGACCCCAGUUUAACAGGACCAGGCAUUCUGGUAUCAACUGGAGUGUUUCUGCUUUAUGUUUCAGCUGGUCUUGCUUUAUGGUCAUUAGCAGUCUACAUGAGGAAGAUUUGGAGAUUUCUGAUCAAGUAGAUUCUAUUCAUUCAAAUAUAUUAAAUUUAUAUGUUGCAGAAAAUUGUAUGGUCAGAGAACAUUUUAUUUAUUUUUUAAGGAAAUAGUUUAUAGAAUGAUUACCUGUUUUUUAAACUGUUUUAUGUUACUGGAAGCUUGUUCUGGGCCUGUUCUGGUUUAUUCAGCCAAGCAGUGGGUGGAUGAAGGGCCUGAUUUUGUUCACUUCAGCUUCCUUUUGAUGAAAUUUUAUUUUAUUUAUCUGAUGUACAGUCAAUCUCACUGCUGCAUAAACUUUGUAUGAAUUAUAUUGAUGGAAUCUAGAAAUUUGAGAAAUCUUGCAAUGUU